UCACCGCCACGCUGCCCUUGGUUCAGAAGCGCGCGGCGCCGGUUGUGGUUGUUGUCUGGGGGCCGGUUGCGGAGCACAGAGGACAGGUUUGAUAAUUCAAGCUUGAUUAUCAGCCCGAUCAGAUACAAUGGCAGAUGAAUCCAAGCCCGCAGAAGGAGGCGACGCCGGAUCUGAGUAUAUCAAGCUGAAGGUCGUGGGACAGGAUUCCAAUGAAAUACACUUCCGAGUUAAGAUGACAACACAAAUGGGAAAACUGAAGAAGUCAUACAGUGAAAGAGUGGGUGUACCAGUGACGUCACUCCGGUUUCUCUUCGACGGCCGCCGGAUCAAUGACGACGAGACGCCGAAGGCGCUAGAGAUGGAGAACGAUGACGUCAUCGAGGUGUACCAGGAGCAGACUGGCGGCCGCUGAGGUGCGCUGCGGCCCGCCCCUCUGGCCAUUCCCACUGGCCGGCGUCGUGGCCCGGCCCGGCAGGUCACGUGUGUGCUGAGCCGGGCGCCGUCCACGGCCGCGCCCUCCCACGUCGUCAUCUCAUCAUCACUUGCCGCGCGACGCGGUCCGAGCAUUGUGAGACGCCCCGACCCAGCGCCUCGCCGCCCCAUGUCACCGUAGACGGCGGUGGCUGGCUUUUGUUCGGUAUGCAAAGGUAGAAUCCUCCACCGAUUACUGGGUACGUCCACUGCUAUGUCCGGUUAAUGAAUCCCAAAAGAACUAAACGCAUGGUUGGGUCAACUGCUUCCCGCUUGCACUCUGCAUCUUGCUUCUGUUGUGGACAGGCGAUUGAGACGCUACGUGUUAUUCUCUGAGAUACUUCGCAUGCGACAGCUAAUCUGUAAUCAGUGUGUUCCGUGUCUGGGAAAAAUACUUGGUGUCUUAGAAAAUACAUUUGUACUAUCCAUGCUCA